CAUGCUUCUAGGGGCCGAAAUCUUUUACAAUUUGCUCUGUAUUGGGCAGAUACGUCUUGGGAAAAACUUACCCAUCUUACAGAAAACCGUCCUUGGCUGGGUGCUUUCCGGUCCUAUUCCUGUUCACAACGGUAACUUCAAGCAAACUUCAUGCAACUUGACAACAAGUCAAGAAAUCCAUAAUCUCCUAACCAAAUUCUGGGAGGUUGAAGAACCUAUCAUCACCAAAAACCUUCAUCUUUCCUCGGAAGAGCAAAUCUGCGAGGAUAUCUUUCAGAUAACCACUCGUAGAGACGAAAGUGGGCGCUUCAUCGUCCAAAUUCCUCUCAAACUGGAUCCUUCUCACUUAGGAAAUUCCAGAGAAUGUGCCUUAAAACGAUUUCACUCAACGGAGAACAAACUUUCCAAGCAACCUACCUUGCGGGAACCUUACACUAGAUUCAUAGAAGAAUACCAUAAUCUCGGUCAUAUGGUUAAGGUGCCUUCCUCUCAAGUACUUACCUCUUCUUACUUCCUACCUCAUCACGCAGUUGUGAAUGAGAAUAACAAAACAACAAGACUCAGAGUAGUAUUCGACGCCUCAUCUCGGUCUGACACUGGGUACUCCUUAAAUGAUCUUCAGUACGUAGGCCCAACCAUUCAAGAUAGCUUAUUUUCAAUUCUUCUAAGAUUCCGUCAGGGUCAUAUCGCUGUAGGUGCUGAUUUAGUCAAAAUGUUCAGACAAAUCAGAAUACACGAAUCCCAACGUCAUCUCCAAACGAUCCUGUGGAGAGAUGAUCCUUCGCAAGAGCUUGAAACCUUCCAACUCUGUACGGUUACUUACGGAACCGCCUCAGCUUCUUGGCUCUCAGUCCGGUGUCUAAAGCAGCUUGCUUUAGAACAUACUGAUACCUUCCCACACGCAGCCAAUGUCUUAUCAAAGGAUUUCUACAUGGACGAUCUCCUUUAUAGCUGUCAAUCAGAAGAGGAGGCAGUAAGGUUAUGCGAUGAACUUACCUCUAUUCUUUCCGCUGGUUGCUUCCAGCUCCAAAAAUGGUCUUCAAAUAGCAAACAAGUUUUAGAUCAUGUCCAAUCCAAUAAUCCUCAAACCAUCAUAAAUAUAGGUUCAGAUCAACGUGCAAAGACCCUUGGUGUUUUCUGGUCCUGCUCUUCAGACCACCUCAUGUACAGCAUAUCUGAAUCAUUUUCCAAUUUAAGAGCUAUAACCAAACGCUCUAUUCUCUCCGACAUUGCCCAAAUAUUCGAUCCACUAGGGCUUCUCGGGCCAUGCAUCAUCAUUGGCAAAAUUCUCCUCCAACAACUAUGGUCCUUGAAACUUCAUUGGCAUGAGUCCUUGCCCAGUAAUCUCGACAGUCGUUGGCGGAGAUUUAGGGAAGAGCUUCCUGUUCUCAACAUGCUCAAGGUUCCGAGACAUGUCAUAUGUCCCACUGCAUCUAGAAUCGAGCUUCACGGAUUCUCGGAUGCUUCCGUUGAAGCCUACGGUGCAUGCCUUUAUAUUCGCAGCAUCUCUUCUUGCGGCGAGAUCACUGUACACUUGCUCACAGCCAAAUCCAAGGUUAGUCCUUUAAAAUCCUUGACUAUUCCAAAGCUUGAGCUGUGCGGGGCUUUCUUACUUACUCAACUUGUUGUAAAGGUAAAUCAAUCAAUGAGUAUUUCCUUCGAUGAUACCUUCCUUUGGUGCGACUCCACGGUAUGUCUAGCCUGGAUCAAAACAGAAGCUAACAAACUUCAACCCUUCGUUCAAAACAGGGUGGCACACAUUCAGUCACAAACGCAGGCAGAAAGUUGGCAUUACAUCAAUACUGCUGAAAACCCAGCAGACUUACUUUCUCGUGGCGUAUCACCUACUUACCUUCUAAACUAUCAACUUUGGUGGAAUGGCCCGACUUGGCUAUCACACGAACACGACAAGUGGCCCAUUGCACAAGUCAAACUUGAAGGUGAGUUGCCAGGAUUAAAGAAACAACUCGUGUCAUUUCCUGCCACAUGUACGCCCGACAUUCUCAAAAUUUCAUCUUAUUCUAGCUUUUCAAAACUUCAGCGCGUGACAGCGUAUGUACUCAGGUACAUCUCAAAUUGCAAAUUGCCCAAGAAGGAUCGAUCAAUCGGAGGACUUACGGCAUCAGAACUUUCAACCGCCUGUACUCACCUUACAAUAACAGCACAGAGGCAAUCCUUUAGGGAUGAUUACUUCACUUUGAAACGUGAUAAGCCAUUACCUAAAUCUUCAAAAUUACUUUCUUUGAACCCAUUUAUAGACGACAAGGGUGUCAUUCGUGUUGGGGGAAGAAUUCAAAACUCAAAUUCUUGCUUCGCAUUUAAACACCCGGCCGUUCUUUCUGGCAAGCACCAGUUAUCCAAAUUGUUAUGCGAGAAUGAGCACAAACGUCUGCUACAUGCCGGACCACAGCAGACUCUUUAUUCCUUACGGCAAAGGUUUUGGGUCACGAGUGGUAGAAACCUUACCAGACAAACCGUUCGUACUUGUAUAAAAUGUUUCCGAUGCAAUCCUUCGGUUACUUUACCUUUGAUGGGUGUACUUCCCAAAGCACGUGUCACUCCAGCUCCACCGUUUCAUACUACCGGAGUAGAUUACGCGGGUCCUGUCAUGAUCAAGGAUAAACCUGGUCGAGGUGCGAAACUGACUAAGGCCUACAUAGCUUUAUUCGUUUGCUUUGCCACAAGGGCUAUUCAUUUAGAACUUGUUAGUAGCUUGACCACGGAAACCUUCAUUGGUGCCUUUCGUCGGUUUACCGCCCGCCGUGGAAAACCACAGGAAAUUUGGAGCGACAAUGGCUCAAAUUUCAGAGGGGCUGAAGCGGAACUGCGCGAACUCGCGUCCUUCCUUGCCCAAAAUAAAGCUCACUUACAAGAAAACAUAAGCAACACAGGUGUAAAUUGGAAAUUUAUACCAGCCUUUUCUCCUCACAUGGGGGGCAUCUGGGAAGCAGGGGUAAAAUCUGCAAAGAAGCAUCUGCGCCGCAUCCUCGGCUCAUCAAAUCUGACCUUUGAGGAAUAUUAUACCGUACUCACUCAAAUAGAAGCGGUUUUAAAUUCAAGGCCGAUUGCUCCUAUGUCUUCCUCUCCUGACGAUCCUUUGGCCCUAACGCCAUCCCAUUUCCUUAUUGGGCGUCCAGCUACUGCAUUGCCCGAUCCGGACUUCACCGAAACACCGAUGACAAGAUUGUCAAGACACCAGUUGCUACAGCAGUUACAACAGCACUUUUGGAGGCGCUGGUCCAACGAAUACUUGAGCGAGCUACAGCAACGUAUCAAGUGGAGAUCACAUCAAUGCCAACUUCAACUUGGUUCAUUAGUAGUUCUCCGAGACGAUAACCUACCUCCUCUACAUUGGAAACUUGGUAGGGUUUCCACGCUUCAUCCUGGCGCAGACGGCAAGGUUCGAGUUGCUACCGUGCGAACAUCUUCAGGUGCAGUGAAACGUGCGGUAACAAAGCUUUGUGUGUUACCAAUAGAGCCCGAACCAGUGCAGAAACCGGACUGUAAAGUUAGUGAUGUAAAAACAAAAACGCGAUCAUAACGUGCUAUCUUAUUCCAUUUUGCAAUCGGAUGUACUAUUGUGAAAUGUAUUCAUUCGUAUAUUGAAAGCUGACUCUUUCAAGGUCGGGGGUAUGUUUACGCCUCAAAACUUUUUUCUAUGUAUACAAUAUCUAUAAUUAUUUCCGCUAUAUUCGCAUGCGCGGCUGAAAAGAAGCGACGUUGCAAUUAAGAAAGACAGACUUCCUUGUACGACCUUCGAGAAUAAACACGUACAUUUUGAGCGGGUGUUUCCCUUCUUCAUUCACCUCUCAUCAGCAGCAAUAUUACAAAAAACAUCUACUUUGGUAUUGUCACAGUUAUUACCAAUGAUUCCCAUUCUGUAAAGGUGGUCUCCGAAUCUACCAUGAUAAUCGAAAAUGUGUGAUGACCUGACUGGUCUGGAACGGGCCUGAUACUAAAAAUAACUGGGAAAAUGGAUCGCUUUAUGUACCGCGACAUAUUACAGAAUACUAUGUUACCUUAUGCCGAAGAAGAGAUGUCGCUGUUGUGGAGAUAUCAACAAGAUAACGACCCGAAACAUUCAUCCCAUUUAGUAAAAAAUUUGUUUUUAGAGAAAAUCGUUGAUUUACUGGAAUGCCCUUCACAAUCCCCCGACCUCAAUCCAAUUGAGCACCUUUGGGAGCACUUAGAGCGGACAAUUCUGCAAAGGAUUAUUCAUAGUGAGAAUGAUUUAUGGGGAGUUCUACAAGAUGAAUGGCGGAAGAUUCCAGUUGUGUGUCGAAAUAUUGCUUAUUUAAUUUGUAUGCUUGGCUUUUUUUAAUAAAAAUAUUCUUUCCAUACUUUUAUCCAAGGGUUUUCUUUAUUUAUCAUAUAUGAGACUUGGUUUUAUUUUGUAUUUUCAUUUAUUUCUAAAAUGUUACUAAGUUAGUAGUGUAUGUUUAUUUUUUAG